AUGAAGUCACCCAAUUACGUUCAACAACUUGAAAGGCAAGAUUCUUUCUACGAAGAUUAUGAUAAUAACUGUGAAAGUCCAGGAAGAGGACUAGGAGGGGGAGCAGCUGAAAGUAGGUAAAACAAUGAGGAUGAUUCAUACUAUGAGUUGACAGAGGAUGACACAUAAUCUCUGUACAGCUUCCGCAGAAGCAGAAGAUCUCUUGGAAAUAGAUCUGUUCUUAAUAACACGACCACCGCUUAAGAUGAUAACUUGAUAGAUAGAAAAAUACAAUAGCUAAUGAGUAAACUAAAUUAACAAUAAAUUCCAGAAGAUGAUCUAAUUAUUAGCAAUUCUUAAAAAUAACCUCCUCAUAAUCCGAUGUUGAAGAAAGGAAAGCUGGAAAUAAACUAAAAAUAAAUAGAUUUUUAUAAUUUGCAACCUCCCGAUUUAGACCCAAUGAUGUUCUUAAAAUAGGUCACAGAACCCCGUAAAUAGAGCCUUGGAGUUGGGGCGGUCGGUAUUUAAUAAUAAAUAGAGUAAAAAGAGUCAUUCAGAACGCCAUUAAUUCAUAAAAAUCCUCAGAUCUAGGCGAUAGAGUUAGAAAACGUUAAGGAAUCUGAGAGACUAAAGUAAGUCUUGCAUAAAAUUACUGAGUAAAGUAAAAUUAAGCCAGAUCUAACAAAAAUCCGGAAAAUAAGGAGAAUAAAUAUUACAAGGCCUCCUUCCUCAAACAGCAAAUUAGUUAUUGAAACACAGAAUAAUGACAGAGUUUCUGAAUAUUCCUCUCAGCAAGUCUCUACAAAUUUAAACUCAUCAAAUCUUAAGUCCAUAUCUGUUUAGAAUUCUCCAAAGGACACUCUAAAGGUAAUAAAGAGGCUGGAAAUGCAUGACUCAACAAUUAAAAAGAAAUAAAGUUUUAUAACCAAGUAAAUAGGAAGCUGGCCCGAAAAUGAAGCCACAAUCAAUUAAGAAAACUCACAAAGAAGGGAAAUCAAAUAAAUCUAAGAGCAGUUGGAAGCUAUCAAGCCUAAAUCAUUACUUAAUGAAACUAUCAGUUCGAUGAGAGGAGGCUUUUCUAACGUUAGUACUGUUAGGCAUGAAAUGGAUUCUAGAGUUUAAGGUUCUAUUGGAUUGCGGUCAAGAGGAAUGGACUUCGAUCAUCUUGACCAAGAUCAUCGAGACUACUUGGACGAUGCUGAUUAGAUAGAGGACAUUUUGAGGAAAGCAGACUAGUCUCUGAUGUAAAUGAGAAGAAUGAAUCCUAAAGGGAGAGUUCCAUCAAUAAACCAAAGUAACCUGAGUUCCAUUAGGUAGAUGAAUGUGCCUAAGCAAAAAAGAAACAGCAACAGUGUAUUAAGAAGUGAUGUUAAGGGAUUCAUAAAUUAGCAUUAAGAGUAGAAAAAUGAAAAAGAAUUCAAGAAGAUGAAAUAGCUGAUAAGUGGUCAAAGAUCUCCCUCUAACAUUAAAAUGCAAAGAUUAGCUGAUGGAUUCCCAGCCCUCAAAACUCCAGUUAAUUUUACAUCUGUGAAACCUAAAAAAUACUCUUGA